CGUAAACCGCUGCCCUCCUCAAAACCUUUCUAUCUCUUCUUCGAAAAAGAACCUCUCUCUCUCUAAACCCUGACCUAAAGUAGUGGCAGCUCUCUCUCUCUUUCUUAUUCAAAUUUGUUCCGUCUCCCUCUACUAACGAUUCAGCUUUUCUCCCUCUCUUUCUCUCUCUCUCUACCGAUGCUUCUCCGGCGGGCGAACCCUCUAAAAUCGAGUUUCUCUCUCUACAAUAACAGCUAUCACUGCGUGUCCUCUGCAACUUCUCAUUCUCUCUCCACUACUUUUAAUGGCUACCACUUUCUCUCUCUGCUUCGACAUCCUACCCUCCACAAUGCGACUCACUCUUCUCGAGCUUUCUCCACUGCAACAACGGGUGCCUCUCAGUCGGCCAUGGAUUGGAGGAAUGGGCCACCCAGAGAAGCCAUUUUGGUCGAAGGUUGUGAUUAUGAGCACUGGCUUGUGGUCAUGGAGCCUCCUCAGGGCCAUCCCCUUAGGGACCAGAUCGUCGAUACCUAUGUUAAGAUACUUGCUAUGGUUUUAGGAAGCGAGGAAGACGCCAAGAAAGCCAUAUAUUCGGUAUCGACUAAGUACUAUUAUGCAUUUGGGUGCAAAGUCUCUAAGGAGAUUUCCCAUAAGAUAAAAGCUUUGCCAAUGGUGAGAUGGGUGUUGCCUGAUUCAUAUUUACAUAUCAAGGAGAAGGAUUAUGGAGCUGUUCCUUCCAUGAACUGUACAGCACCUGGUUUGGCAACUUGAUGGAUCUGAGCAGAGAGGCCUGAGCAUAUUGAUCCUUCACCACAACAACCUAGAUCGUGGGACCAUUAGAGAACAGAUGGAUCGACAAUUCACUGUGAUGGUUUUAAAAAACAGGGACGUUUUGGGGUUUUAUCUGUGAUGGUUUGGGCGCCCUACUUAGUGGCUUAGUAUCCGUUAACUUAAGGUGCUUCCAUGCCAGCAUUGGAUAUGAAGGCCAAGGUCAAUGUCUUGAGUAAGUGGGUUUCAUGCGUACAUUGUGAGGUCCUUCUCAUAGAGUUGUGUAUAACAUGCCUUUGACAGAUGUACACAAUUUUUAUCUUACAUGGACAUCAUUUAACAGUGUUAUACAUGGAAUGAUUCUAUUUGAAUGGAGAAUAAAAAGAUGGGGACUGAAUAGAAAAAUAUGAUCUUUCCACUGAGCUAGUAGUGUCGUUCUCAUGCUUGGGGCAUGUCAAAAAGUUAUUAAAAUAGUGGGUUGUUCUUUUUGUGAACGUGCUCUUGAAAGAAGUGGUGCCAACAAUCAAUUGCAAUCUAUAACAUGAUCAAGACCUGAUAUAGCUCAAGUUUUAUGUAGAGAAGGCAUCUCAGCUCAUGAAGAUUUGGAGCUUCUAUUAGCAAAGCACUCUCAAGCACACACAAAAUAAGUUAUAGCCAUACUGGUAAUCAGUUGAAAAAAGGGACACGAUCUAGUGAAGUUUCAGGCGAGACUCUACUUUACAAAACGACUGCCAUACCCCCAUAUUUUUUUUCUUUGGCCUGGCAAUCUUCUCCUGCUUGUCGAUUCUUGGGUGUAUUUUAAUCCAAAAAUUGGUGCACCAAGUUCACUGUGCAACUCUGAUGCUUAUCCAGUUGGUAAGAUUUAAAUGCUUGUAUAAAUGCUUUACAUGGAGUAUGGGGACCAUUUGCAUAACUGAAAUGGUAUACAUGGGCUUUUCUUUCCUUUUGCUACUUGUCAGCCUAGAUUUUUAUUCAUUAUUUAUUGCAAUUUAUUUGAUACUUGAGGUCAUAUAUGGGGGAGAUCUGGUGUUCGUAUGUGUAGAAUUGCUCUGGUAUAAUCUCUCGAUUUCCAUCCAUUAUUCAAUGCAAUUUACUUGGUACUCAAGGCCAUAUUCGGAAGCGAUUUGUUUGUAGUGUCUGUAACAAGGUUCUGGUGUUUCCUCCUUUGACAAGUAAGAUGGUUCUGGUAGCCACAACUAUUUUCUUGAAUAUGGAGGUGAGUGCAUUUUGUUUUGUUGGACUAUAAGAUUAGAUGAUGCAAAUUCCCAUUUAACAGUGUUAUACAUGGAAUGAUUUUAUUUGAAUGGAGAAUAAAAAGAUGUAGAAAAAUAUGAUCUUUCCACUGAGCUAGUAGUGUUGUUCUCAUGCUUGGGGCAUGUCAACAAGUGAUUAAAAUAAUGGGUUGUUCUUUUUGUGAACGUUCUCUUGAAAGAAGCGGUGCCAACAAUCAAUUGUAAUCUAUAACACGAUCAAGAACUGAUUUAGCUCAAGUUUUAUGUAGAGAAGGCAUCUCAGCUCAUGAAGAUUUGGGGCUUCUAUUAGAAAAGCACUCUCAAGCACACACAAAAUAAGUUAUAGCCAUACUGGUGCUCAGUUGAAAAAAGGGACACGAUCUAGUGAAGUUUCAGGCAAGACUCUACUUUACAAAACAACUGCCAUACCCCCAUAUUUUUUUUCUUUGGCCUGGCAAUCUUCUUCUGCUUGUCGAUUCUUAGGUGUAUUUUAAUCCAAAAAUUGGUGCACCAAGUUCACUGUGCUACUCUGAUACUCAUCCAGUUGGUAAGAUUUAAAUGCUUGUAUAAAUGCUUUACAUGGAGUAAGGGGACCAUUUGCAUAACAAAAAUGGUACACAUGGGCUUUUCUUUCCUUUUGCUACUUGUCAGCCUAGAUUUUUAUUCAUUAUUUAUUGCAAUUAACUUGAUACUUGAGGUCAUAUUGGGGGGAGAUCUGGUGAUCGUAUGUAGGAUUGCUCUGGUAUAAUCUCUCGGUUUCCAUUAUUCAAUGCAAUUUACUUGGUACUCAAGGCCAUAUUCGGAAGCGAUUUGUUUGUAGUGUCUGUAACAAUGUUCUGGUGUUUCCUCCUUUGACAAGUAAGAUGGUUCUGGUAGCCACAACUAUUUUCUUGAAUAUGGAGGUGAGUGCAUUUUGUUUUGUUGGACUAUAAGAUUAGAAGAUGCAAAUUCCCAGCAUAUAGUAUUUGUUAAAUAGGAGAAACCUCUAGAAAGUGAGAUGA